GCAGAGAUGAGCUUGUGUGUGCUGGAUGAGGAGAGCUUCCGUUGCUGCUGUCAGCUCUUCCUGCAGCAGUCUGAGCAGCUGAGAGAUGGCUGGAGCUGGGAAGCAGUCCAGGGUUCAGAGGAGGGCUACCUGAGGAAGGCCACUCUCAGGUCAGUCGUCAUUGACUUGAGCCCAUUGUGGGACCAGGAAGGAUCAAGUUCAGACUCAGAGCCACACGCUUCCUCUCAAUCCUGGCCUGAUCAGCAGGGACAGGACAAGGAACAGUCUGUUCGUGUUGCCCUAGCUGAUGCUGACUGCAUCAAAGAUGACAUGGAUGAUGACCGUGAUGAAGAUGAUGGGUUCUGUACGGCGUCUGAAGGCAGUGGCCAGGUGCUUCAGUACGAGUACCACAUCCUGUACUCUUGCAGCUACAGUGCCCCUGUGCUCUAUUUUAGAGCCUCCACCCUGGAGGGGAGGAGCCUGUCACUGGAGGAGGUGUGGAGCUCUGUUCAUCCAAACUUCAGGCUUCGACUGCAGAAGAGUCCUCUGAAUACAAUCACUCUGCAGGAGCACCCGCUGCUGGGUCAGCCUUUCUUCAUGCUCCACCCCUGCAGAACAGAUGAGUUUAUGAGGCCUGUGGUGCAGGCAGCUCAGAGCCAGCAGAGGCCAUUGAACUACGUGUUGUCGUGGCUCAGUGUGGUGGGCCCUGUGGUAGGUCUGGACGUCCCUCUGAAGUACUCCACCCAGGUCCGUCCUGCAGCCUCACUCAACAGCACCGAGCCAGACUGAAGCUGCACCUGCUCUUCUUCCCCCUCUGUCAGCAUCACAAUAGAGUCUGUCUUCAUGGGGGCUGGAUUAUCAACCAGGCAAAGGGAGCAGCUGCCCCGGCACCACGGAGUCUCAAAGGUCUACAAACCUUAGUUGAUUUAAUUUCAACUUGGCAGUAUGCUAAAGCACCAUAAAGACUGAAAUAGCAAUAAGUAGAUAGCCUCUGCAUUUUGACCUUGAGGCCAUGUUGAGGCCUUGAGGUCAACAUACAGUAUAUGUACAGUAUAUUUGUAACUGGUACAAAUUGACAAUUGUUUGCAGUCAAAGUAAACUGGAAGUUUACGCACAGAUGUUGAUUCAACAAAAAGUGUGACUAAUAACAUUGCUGCACUGUAUCAGUAAUGUCAUUAGUUCCACCUGUGCUUUUCCUGCUACGAGUCAAAAUGCCUGCUGGGAAACAAGUCUGUGAAUCUGACAGCGACUAGUUAAACUAACAAGGUUCAGAUUAGCAAGAUUUGUUCAGAUUUGUUCCGACAGACAAAUUGCAAAAAACGCUCUUUCUGUGUUCAGCCUAAUAAGUCAAAAGACCGAAGAAAUUUUGCCGAUCAAUUACGUUGACAUUUCGGCAGUGUGGAAGCAUUUUAAAGUGUCUGAGAAAGACGCAAGAAUUUCCGUUUGUUAGCACAUCCACUCCAUCUGUGGCUGACUUCUUAGAAAAGGCAACAAAGUCUUCUAGAAAGGCUAUUAAGAACCACAUACAACAUUAUUUAUCAUAUUGGGUCGGACUUGUGGAUACACGUGACAACAUCCGGUUUUCAAAAUAAGACCGGAUGGAAACAGUAUGGAAAUAAGAUUAAUUGGGUCAUAUUCACAGAAAGUAUAAAACAUAUUACAUGUGUACAAUAAAAGUAAAUGGACACAUGUAAUUUACU